CGGUGGGUGUGAUCCCAGAGGAGGAAGCGUCACCGAGCACUGCAACAAAGUUUUAAGAGAAUGGCGGACAAGGCUGUGGAUGGAGGGCCAUGGACGGGAUGUGCGGUCAUGUUUCUGCAGUCGCUGUGGCCCGGUGUAAAUCUGCUCUCACUCUACAAAGACCAACAGGGAAAAUUCAUCGUUUUCAAAGUCAUCAAGCUGACACUUACAGACUCUGCAGGAGGUCUGGGUGGUUAUGAAAUCCUAAAGGUCCAUGACGCUGAUCCCUUCCUGGGGGUGGAGGUGAAAUUUGUGGAUGUGGCAGCAUGUCAGCAGUUCCUGGAGAGCUACAGCUCAGGAGCCGUGCGUCAGUCUUUCUCCCAACACGCCUGCCGGCUUCUUGCUCUGCCCCAAGAGUUCAGCGUGGAAACCCAGCUCAAAGCCAGCACACACAUCCUGGAUCUGUGCCUGGACAAGCUGGAUCUUUGCCUGCAGCACAUCAACCUCUCACAGCCUGAGCGCCUGCGCGACGAGGAGAUCGAUCAUCUGGAGCUGGAGCUGCAGAACCAGGCCCUCGGUUCUGCCCCACAGUCCACCACCAUCACACAGGAGGAGUCUCCCGUCCCCAGCAACUGCUUCAAGUUUCAGAACAGAGUGCUCGAGGACCGAAUGCUGACGGCGACAGAUGUUCAGAGCUUUUCUAACGGAGUGGGCCGUCAGUGGAAACACGUAGGGAGGGCUCUGGGGAAGAACUGCCGCGCUCUCAAGGGUCCAGCCAUAGACAACCUGGCCUAUGAGUACGAGAGAGAAGGGCUGUAUGAGCAAGCCUAUCAGCUGCUCAGCCGCUUCAUCCAGGCGGAGGGGAGGGCGGCCAAGCUGAGCCGACUGGUCAAAGCACUGGAGGACUGCAAACUCACCAGCCUGGCUGAAAAUAUUCUGGACAUACAGCCACGAGAGUAACUCUGUGUGCAAGUCGAGAAAACUGGGGUGGACAGGUCCUCUCCGCAUGAGGAGAGCUGACCGUGACCUGCCUGCUUUUGUAUACAGUGUGUUUGUUCUUGAUUGACAUCUCACAUUUAAAAUCAUUCCCUUGUGUGUGUGUGUGUGUGUGUGUGUGUGAGAGUGUGUGUUUUUGUGUGAGUGUGCAUGUUUCACACACGUCAUGUGAACGCAUGCUAAGAUCUGUGACAAGUGCGUGUUUCACAUCUUGAUUCGCCUAUCAGUUAUUAGUAUUAUUGAUAAUUGUUUUCAUUUAGAUGAAAUCACUGUCAUCACUGUUCAAAAAAUAUGCUGUCACGAGUUUUAUGCACUGUUAUAAACUGUUUUUUUUUUUUUCAUCAUGUACCUCUUAUAUUUCUGCUCUAUAAGUCAAUUUACAGAUGGAACCAGUGGGUCUUGUUUCUAAUGAGUGCACAACUGAAGGUUAUUGAUUUUUUUUUUCUACAAAAUGGGUGCAUGCAAAUUAAAUGGUUGUACAAAAAGGCUUCAUGUUUGUGUUUGAUGCAUUAGUGUAAUUAAAACUGAAAACAUCA